GUAACGAACCUUUGGGGCGAUGGUGACAUUCCCAUCAAGGAUAUGAUCUUGAAGGCACCUCGGAUGGGUUUGGAUGGUGACGUAGUGAGUAGACGAGGGAACCGAUGCCGCCACCGGCGCAUUCGCAAGCGACAACGGCGGAACGAGUUU